AUGAGCGAUAGUAUGAUGGCCGAAAAUUUAAUAAAUUUAAGUUCUGAAUCAGAUUCCGAUGACGAAUUUGAUGAACUUAUUUUGUUGUAUUCGUUAAGUAAAGAAAAAAAAACGUGGAAAAGUAAUUUUAUGAAAAAAAGACAAAGUCACGGUGAGUUCAAUUUGUCAUCGGAAUUUUCUGACAAACAAUUUUUAAACUACUUUCGCUUGGACCGAAAUCAAUUUAAUGAAGUUCUUAAUUUAAUACGAGAUACAAUUUAUUCAUUUGGAUGUAAUGCUCAAAAGCCGAUUGAUCCCGAAGAAAAACUGGCAGUCUUUUUAAGGUAA